AUGUGGGUUGCAGCCCAGCUGACAUCAACAGCAGCGUAUAUGGUCGGCCUGUCGGUGCGCGAAAGGCAUGUGAUUCAGAGCCUCGUCGAGCUCACGCGACAACUCGAGGACGUCGACCGCGAGUUCACUGCGCAGAUGUUGAGCAUGGAGUACAAGAUGACGGGCGCUCUCGUCAACUACAGCAAGAGCCUACACGUCGAUGAACCGGAGGAGAACUUGUCAUCUCAUGUCUCGACGGCAUCCAUCUCUGCAUCGGAGCUCAGUUAUGUGCGCGAAGCGCCGGCUAAACCGCAUAAGCCGCAACCACACCGUCUCGUGAACGAUCUCGUGCUUCUGGACCGUGGACAGCUGUCGCCUUCGAUGACAGUCGCAGUCGGUAACGUUGAUCGUAGCGCCCCCGAGCUGCAGAAUACGGAAGACGACCCGGACACGACCCGACGCAGCAGCGGCGACUCGGGAGACUCGUCUCCCGCUUCGCCUCUCAUCGCCACCCCGAACGCCGUUGUCAACGUCUCCGCAUCACCUGCCCCUUUACUUCCAUUGACCGUGGACAGAGAGGGCGACAAGCCCAGUGAUCUAGGGAGUCUUCCAAAGUCCAACUCGAUUCCUCGCCUUCUUCAACCGCUGUAG